AUUUGUAACCCAAAAAUACCGGAUUCUUAUAAAACAUUCACAUUUGACUACUCGUAUUGGUCUCAUGACUCGGCUGAUCCUAAUUUUGCGGAUCAGGAGGUAGUCUAUCGAGACAUCGGUGAAGAGAUGUUAGCGCAUGCCUUCGAGGGCUAUAACGUGUGUAUCUUCGCGUACGGCCAGACCGGUGGCGGAAAGAGCUAUACAAUGAUGGGUAAACAGGACGAUGAGGGCAUCAUUCCUCACAUUUGCAAAGACUUAUUCAAUAGAAUCCAAUUUGAAGACAAUAAUGAAGUCAUGUAUUCCGUUGAGGUCUCUUAUAUGGAGAUCUAUUGCGAAAGAGUUAGAGAUCUGUUGAAUCCAAAAAAUAAGGGUUCAUUGCGUGUUCGCGAGCACCCAGUGCUCGGACCAUAUGUUGAAGAUUUGUCCAAAUUAGCCGUCACUUCUUAUGAGGAUAUUCGAGACAUAAUGGAUGAGGGAAACAAAGCCAGAACUGUUGCCUCGACUAAUAUGAACGAAACCAGCAGUCGAUCGCAUGCCGUCUUCACCAUAAUAUUCACUCAAUUAAGAGAAGACAGAAUGUCU